UAAUAUGAGCUAAGGAGUGAGUGAGAGUGAACCAGAAGGAACAAAACAACCACCCCAGCACUCAACUGAGAAGAUAUGUUGCCGAUUGGUGGCGGUGUAGGGAAGCUAGUGACGGCAGUUGCGGCGGCGCUGCUGCUCCGCCUCUUCUCCGGUCCCGGUCCAGUCGUCUUGCCGGAGAAUGAGGAGGACGACUACGAGAGGAACGGCGAUGAGAAUGGAGAGGCUCCGCCUGACGGGAAAGUGUCUCCGGUCACCAUCCGGUGGACUGACAUUACUUGUUCUCUCUCCGAUAAUUCCUCGAAAUCAGUGCGUUUUUUGCUUCAAAGUGUCAGUGGAGAGGCCAAGCCUGGGAGGUUGCUAGCAAUAAUGGGUCCGUCAGGCUCGGGGAAGACAACUCUGCUUAAUGUGUUAGCAGGUCAGAUAAAAGCGUCAACAAAAUUGCAUUUAUCUGGCCUUUUGGAGAUCAAUGGGCAGCCGUUUUCCAACAAACCUUUCAAGUUUGCUUACAUUAGACAGGAGGACCUUUUCUUCUCACAGUUAACAGUUAAAGAAACACUCUCUCUUGCAGCUGAACUUCAGCUGCAGGACAUAUCAUCUGUGGAAGAGAGAGAAGAAUACGUGAACAAUCUCUUGUUUAAACUAGGUUUGGCUGGUUGUGCUGAUACCCGCAUUGGUGAUGCAAAAGUUCGUGGAAUAAGUGGUGGUGAAAAGAAACGGCUGUCACUUGCAUGUGAGCUUAUUGCUAGUCCAUCUGUCAUUUUUGCAGAUGAACCAACCACUGGACUUGAUGCCUUUCAAGCAGAGAAAGUUAUGGAAACUCUACGACAACUUGCACAGGAUGGCCAUACUGUGAUAUGUUCCAUACAUCAGCCUAGAGGUUCUGUGUAUGGAAAAUUUGACGACAUUUUGUUGCUGGCAGAAGGUUCACUUGUUUAUGCUGGCCCUGCAGGCGAGGAGCCAUUGACAUACUUUGCAAAAUUUGGGUAUAUUUGCCCAGAUCAUGUCAAUCCUGCUGAGUUUUUAGCUGAUCUGAUAUCAAUAGACUAUGGAUCAUCAGAGACUGUCUAUGCUUCUCGAAAAAGAAUAGAUGGACUUGUUGAGUCAUUCUCACAAAACAUAGCAACUACUAUGUAUGCGAGUCCAAUUUUUAGUAAUGACUUAAAGAACCAUGUGAAUUCAAAGAAGAAAAUAGUCAUCAAAAGGAAAGGUGGUUGGUGGAGGCAGUUCUUUUUACUCCUUAAACGAGCAUGGAUGCAGGCGUCUCGUGAUGGUCCAACAAACAAAGUUCGGGCAAGAAUGUCUAUUGCAUCAGCUCUGAUAUUUGGUUCUGUUUUCUGGAGGAUGGGAAGAUCACAAACAUCCAUACAAGAUAGAUUGGGAUUGCUUCAGGUUGCUGCCAUAAACACUGCUAUGGCUGCACUCACAAAAACUGUGGGUGUCUUUCCCAAGGAACGUGCAAUUGUAGAUCGUGAGCGUGCUAAAGGGUCUUAUGCAUUAGGACCGUAUCUACUGUCAAAGUUGAUAGCUGAGGUUCCAAUUGGUGCAGCAUUCCCCUUACUUUUUGGUAGCAUUAUGUACCCCAUGACGCGACUUCAUCCUACUAUUUCUAGGUUUGGCAAGUUCUGUGGUAUCGUGACUAUGGAGUCAUUUGCUGCAUCUGCAAUGGGUUUGACAGUGGGUGCUAUGGUUCCAACUACGGAAGCAGCUAUGGCCUUAGGGCCUUCUCUUAUGACUGUUUUUAUUGUGUUUGGGGGCUAUUAUGUUAAUUCAGACAACACCCCAGUUAUUUUUCGCUGGAUUCCUCGUGUUUCUCUCAUAAGAUGGGCAUUUCAAGGGCUUUGCAUCAAUGAAUUUAGUGGCCUCCAGUUUGAGCAUCAAAAUUCAUUUGAUAUACAAUACGGUGAACAACAACUUGAGCGGCUAUCCUUUGGAGGCAGUCGGAUUAGGGACACCAUAUCUGCUCAAAGUAGAAUAAUACUAUUCUGGUACUGCACUACCUUCCUGCUUCUGGAGAAAAACAAGCCAAAAUACCAGCAGCUUGAGCCGCCACCCUUGGAUCAAAUCCAAACACAACCAAAGCUUACACUUCUCGAGAGCGAUCCAGUGGAACAGGAACAACUUGAAUCUCCUCCCCUAGACGAAGGUAAACCCAACCAGCAGCGGGAAUCACCUCCCGCUGACCCACUUGAUCUGUUUACCCUAGCCGGUUUGUAAAUUGCUUGUACAGGUGAUGAUGUUGAUACGGGAUGUGCUACGUAUACGGGAUGAUGUUGAUACGGGAUCUACUGAUUUAUACAGGUGCUAAUCAAAAGGAGAAAAUUGUGCAGUAAAGGUGGUCUCAUGUGAGCUAAUUGAGCUAUCCUAAUAUAACAGGAUGCAAUAAACAAAAAACAUGUUUCAAACCACAGCUUAGAAACCUCAUGCAGAUGGUGGGCAUAGUCUGAAAAUUGUUGAAACUUGGAAAUGGGUAUUUACUGUUUGUGUCAGCUCUGAUUAUGAACUGAUUAUGCUCACCUAGUAGGCAUAAUAAGAGAAACUUUCCUUUCCAAUCUA